UCUUCUUCGUCUUCCUCCUCCUCUUCCUCCUAUUUCUCCUCUUCCUUCUCCUCUUCCUCCUCCUCCUCCUCUUCUUUCUCCUCCUUCCUCUUCACCCUUUUUCUCCCUUACCACGUACCUACCUUCUACCUACGUAUUUGAUUUUUCUCCCGCCACCCUCCAUCCCUCCCUCCCUCUCUCUCCUCCUUUUCUUCUUUCCUCCUUUUUUCUUCCUUUUUAUUUUUUUAUUUUUUAUUUUUCUUCUUUCUCCUUCCUUUUUUUUUUCCCAUUUCCUUUUCAUUUUCUUAUUCGACUGGUGCGACUACACGCAUCGAUCACCAUCAUUGUAUACCUACGAGAGAGAGAGAGGAUACAUUUAUCUUCUCCGACGGUCGUCGUCGUCGUCGUCGUCGUCGUCGUCGUCGUCGUCGUCGUCGUUGUCGUCGUCGUCGUCGUCGUCGUAGUAAGUUCUUACUUGUUACGCGAUUCGUUAAGAACUCCGCGUGUGAGAAAUAUAUAAUAAGAUACAAUAAUAAAAGGAAUUUUUCUUAUAAUUGUGAUAUAUUGUCGAGAAAAGAAGGGAUUAUUGUUAUAAAGAAGAGAAGGAUAAACUUUGUGAAAUUGAUAAUAAAGAAGAAGAAGAGAGAGACAGAGAGAGAGAGAGAGAGAGAGAGAGAGAGAAAAGAAAAGAUUAAGAAAAAGAAAAAGAUUAAAAAGGAAUCCGAUUUAAAAGGACUAAGUGUGUGACAUAGACUCGCUAAGAAGAAGGACUACCCGAUGAGAGCAACGUUUGAACGAUAGGAUAUUCUUUUUGGUGUGUGCAUGCGUGCGUCCGUGCGUGCGUGCGUGGCCGUGUGUUUGUGUCUGUGUUAGAUCGUUAAUGAUAAUAGAAUUGAGACGUUUAACUUGAUCAGGCUAAAACACGAUAGCAAAAUGGCGCUGGUCGUUGCGAAUAUUUUCCGUUGUAUUCUUUCGUUAACGAUCUCGCGAUAAAAUAUAACCAUCUAUCUAUCUAUCUAUCUAUCUAUCUAUCUAUCUAUCGAUGCUCCAAAUUGAAUUCUAACAAUCUUCACGAGUCGUCUGAGAAACGAUUUAUUGAAAUCCACGUUCGUUCGUUCGUUCGUUCGUUCAUUCGUUCGUUCGUUCGUUGAAAAGCGAAAGGAUCAAUUUAAAUCGUCGAUCAUUGGGAUCAUCGAAAUUUUUUUAACGAUACAUAAAGCACAAAAGAUAGAAGAAAAAUUGAGGGUAAGAGUUACGGAGGCAAGAAAAACAAACGUGGGAGAGGAAGAGGAAGAAGAGGAAGAAGAGAAAGAAGUGGGAGAAAUAGAAGAUUAGAAAAAGUACGGCCGGUGGUUUUAAAAGCCUUCAAGAUUGCUCGAAAACCGUCGCGCGAUUCGCGCAGAGUUGGACGAACCGCGGAAAUACGGGGUGCGUGGGCAGCUAUGCAAAGGGCGGUCGCUGGCGGAGGGCCCGGGCCCUUAGGUCUUCAGGGCCCUCCAAGGUCAGUCAAAAUAUCACCAGUGAACAUUCAGGACGAACCCGGUGACCCGACCUCGCAAAAAGGACGUAGCUCGCAUUGCGUCGGCUGCGGUGGACGAAUUCACGACCAGUGGAUAUUGAGGGUGGCGCCUAAUCUCGAGUGGCAUGCUGCCUGUUUGAAGUGUGCCGAGUGUCAACAAUUUUUGGACGAACAUUGCACCUGCUUCGUACGCGACGGGAAGACGUACUGCAAGGGAGAUUACGUCAGACUUUUCGGGACGAAGUGUGACAAGUGCAGUCAGUGUUUCAGCAAGAACGAAUACGUGAUGAGGGCAAAGACCAAGAUCUAUCACGUGAAUUGUUUUCGUUGUUCGGCUUGCAUGAGGAAGCUUUUACCGGGCGAUGAAUUCGCCCUGAGACAGGACGGAUUAUUUUGUUUGCACGAUCACGAAAUAGUUGAAAGUGGAAAAUUUUGUCCCACUGGCGGUGUACCAGGGAGCGAGAAUAACAACAACGCUUCCUUAACAAAUAAUAAUCAUCAUUUGCAUCCAAACGACGGAUCGAUGUCAGACUCUGGAUCAGAGAGUGGUUCUCAUAAGGCCGGCGUUGGUGGUGCACGAGGAACCGGAAGUCAUAAGAGCGGUGGUGGUUCCGACGGUAAACCAACCAGAGUACGUACGGUUUUGAAUGAGAAACAACUUCAUACUUUAAGAACGUGUUACGCCGCAAAUCCAAGACCGGACGCAUUGAUGAAGGAACAAUUGGUCGAGAUGACCGGAUUAAGUCCAAGAGUUAUCAGGGUAUGGUUCCAAAACAAAAGAUGUAAGGAUAAGAAGAAGACGAUAGCAAUGAAACAACAAAUGCAAGAGAAGUGCUUUCCGUUGCAGGACGGGCGUAAAUUGGGUUUCGGCGGUAUGCAUGGGAUACCAAUGGUGGCGAGUAGCCCUGUUAGACACGAAAGCCCCAUCGGCAUGACACCUCUAGAAGUGCAAGCCUAUCAACCACCUUGGAAAGCUCUAUCGGACUUUGCCUUGCAUACGGAUCUCGAUAGGUUGGAUCCCAAUGCGCCAGCCUUUCAUCAUUUGGUCUCCCAGAUGCACGGUUAUGACAUUCAUGGAGGAGCACCACCACAACUUCCACCUCCAGGAAUGCUCGGUGGUCCAAUGAACGACGGUGGUGGCGGUGGAGGUGGUGGCCCUUUACCUCCACCAGGUCCUCAUCAUCCUGGAGGUGGUGGUCCAGAUAUGGGUCAACAUCCUGAUAGUACCGAUAGCUACGUCACUUAUCUCGAAAGUGACAGCGAUUCGUUACAUCACGAUACGGGUAGUCCAUAG